AUGUAUGAGGAAGAGCUGCUCUAUGAUGCCACCCUCAUAGCUGAUGGACAAAGAUUCCCUUGCCACAGAGCGCUGCUAGCAGCUAUUAGCCCCUACUUUCGGGACAUUUUCAUCAAUACCUGGAAAGAAUCUGGUGGGAAAGAAGUUCUGCUUCAGGAGGUGUCUCCAUUCAUCGUCGAAAACAUUCUGAAAUAUAUCUACACAGAGGACAUAACACUCACCCCUGAGCUGGCGCCGCACCUCUUUGCUGGGGCCAACCGCUUACAGAUCAUACCGCUGCAGAACCUCUGCUCCUUCCAAUUGAGUGGCCAUUUGGCGGUCCUGAGGCUAACCACCAGGUUUCAUGAAGGGAGUCAUGCUGGUUCCUCUGCUCCACAGGCCUUCCUGUUCCUUCUUUCUCCUUCCAGCUUCCUCGGGAAAAAUCUCUCUGUGCAGAACUGCUUUGAGAUGUAUUCUUUGGCGAGGACGCAUAAGAGUCCUGCCCUCCUCCAUGCAGUCAUACGCUUCCUCACCAGAAAAUUCAGCCAGGUCUGCGAGCAUGAGAGUUUCCGCCAGCUGGACCUCAGCACACUCAUCACCCUGAUAUCCUCCAGCAACCUUGAAGUGGCUUCAGAGAUCAAGGUCUAUCGGGCAGUGCGACUCUGGGUGCAAGGGCAAUCCAGCAAGCAUGGUCCUCUGCUAGGAGACCUGAUGCGCCAUGUCCGCUUCCCGCUCUUCAGUCCGGAGGAGCAAGUCGAACUACAGAGGGACUUGGAGAAGUGGAAGGACCUCAGGCUCGAGUGGAAGGUGCUGGAUGGCGAGGAGAGGUUUCGUCACAUCAAGGGCCUCCGACAGGGCAUGUACAAGCCGCACAUCCUGUGCAUCGACACCCAGAUGUGCGAGUACCAGGAGCUGGAGAGUGAAGAGGCCCACAUGGGCUGCUAUGACCCACAGACCGAACUAUGGGAGAAGCUUCCCGGCUUGCUGUCCUUGACGCAUGCGUGUUGCGCCACAGCUGGUGAGAAGAUCUACGUCUCUGGAGGCAUCUGUAAGAACUCUUACUCCACCGCCGUCUAUGAGUUCAGCUCUUUCAGAAACCAGUGGCUGCAGCUCGCACCCAUGACUGUGCCCAGGGCUGCACAUGGAUUCCUGUUCCACAACCAGAAACUCUACGCCAUGGGGGGAUGGUGUCAGUUCCAAAGCUUCCUCAACUUGGCUGAGGCUUUUGAUCUUGCGACAGGGACGUGGGCUACGAUCGCAAAGCUCCCGUUUGCCCUGAGCCACCCGGCCUCAAGCGUCUUCCAGAACAAGCUGUACCUCCUUGGCGGCGCGACGGGAGUUUCUGGCCAAUGGCUGUUCCACAAAGGCUUCCUGAUCUACGAGACCAGCUCCAACACAUGGACUCAGGUGCCUCUGUCCACGGGUUUCUUUGCUGCAGGAGCUGUGGCUGGGGACAGGGGGAUCUAUGUAAUCGGGGGGUACAUCGAGAAGAAAAUACGGGGCUGGGUUGAAGGGCUCCUCAUCCCCGAGAACCGCCACAGCUCUCGCAAGUGCUUCUUAGUCAAUGAGACUGGCAAAAUUAGUAGCGACAUUGGUAUGCCCAAACUGCCGCGUGGGGUUGCCAACGCAGGGGUAGUCUCCUGCGGGAAGCGGAUCUACGUGUUGGGUGGGGAAGACUUAGCCCAGCGCUACAAGAUGAUUUACUACUGGGAGCCUGGAGAACCCCGCUGGCACCGGUGCACAACAGAGAUCCCUACCACCCGUGAGGGCAUCAGCAGUUUUGGAUGUGUGACCAUGAUGAGGCCCAUCCCACAUAUCCGCCAGCUCUUCCAGGGCACCGCCCUUGUCAUUGUGUCUGCGGCCAGCAAAUAGCCACCCCCCUGGUGAUCCUGAAUGAACUUUCAAGUUAGCAGAA